AGGUUGGUGGUGGUGGUGGAGGCAGGAACCAGUGGCGGCGGCGGCGGUGGGGGAGGAACUCAGUCCACACUUAACCAUGGCGGCAGCCCUACCACAGAAGACCGUCCGCUUCAAAAACGAAGCCAAAUUUACUGACAAAACCAAAUCUACCCUGGCUUCACUCAUACAAAUGGGAUUUUCCAAGCACAGAGCGAAAUCGACGAAAACGUUUCUACCCAUGUUCGGAGUUGCUAACUAUAUUGGCCGUGAGAAGGCCAUUGCCGUGACAGGGGACAGGGGACCACAAAUUGCUGCUGAUUGGUUAUUGUCUCAUUGUAAUGACUCCACCCUUGAUCAGAAAACCUGCCAGGAGUAUAUACUCUAUUUGUGUCCUGUUGGGCCUCUUCAGAAGCAACUUGCCGAUUAUUUUGAAAAGACUAGAGUACAGUGCGGCUGGAAUGGAGCUCAUGCUUAUUUCCCUCAUAUCACCCUCUGUCAUUUCUUUAAGGCAGAGGACAGUAAAAUUCCCUAUUUGACCAAAGCUUUAAAUAAACUCCAAGAGAAACUGUUAAAAGCGCCGGGCCACUUAGAGCUUGAGUUUUUCUCUCAAGUCAACUUUAUCGGUCUCUUAGUACAGAAAUGUUAUUAUGAUUUCUUGGAGGAAAUUGUUGCUGAUUAUGCUGAAGAGAUUCGUAAAGUAGGAGUCACAAUGGAUCCACGUCGGCAGCAGUUACAUAUGACGUUAGCUUACCAAUACUCAAAGGACCAGCAUGAACGUCUUUUGAGAUAUGCCAAAGAAAUAGAUUUGAAUUCUGAUGUGAAAUGGGAAUUUCGGUUAUAUUCUCGUGAUCCAAGGGCAGGAGAAUGUGAGGUUCGUGAAGUAACACGGAGUUAUUCUUCAAACAAUGAAGACGAACUUGAGUUAGUUGAAGGGGACCAUGUGUUGGCUGAUCCAAUAGAAUUAAGCAACAGCAAGAAUGGCUGGUGUAAAGGAAUAUCAACUUUGACAGGUUCUGUUGGAAUGUUCCGGAUAGGCUGUACAAUGCGAACAUCAGAAACAUCAACAUGGACCCUUCAUAAGUCACUAAUGGUGGUCCCUGCCACUAAUAUGUACAAUGGUUUAUCUGAAGGAGACUAUGACAAUCUCUGGGUUGGGGAACAAGACGACAUUUACAACAAACUGUUAAAAAAUAAAAAGAGUGAAGAGAACCAAAACAUCCCUCGGGAACCUCGAUGUUUGUUUGUGAUGCGACAUGGCGAGAGAUGUGAUUUUGCCUUGGGAAGAGAUUGGGUUGACUCUUGCUUUAAUUCCGCAGGAAGAUACAGUAGAAUCAACCUAAACCUUCCGAAGAACAUGUUGAAAAGAAAGAAUUACCUGGACUUCAUCAAAGACUGUCCGUUGACAGAAGUUGGCAAAUUACAAGCACGUCUUACUGGUGAAGGUUUACGAGAUGCUUCAGUGAACUUGUCUCAUUUGUAUGUCUCUCCAGCUCUACGAUGUAUUCAAACAGCUCAUGAAAUUGUUACAGCUCUUGGUCUGAAUCUGAAAAUCUGUAUUGAACCCUCCUUAUUCGAAUGGCUGGGCUGGUACCAGUUAGGGUUACCAAUUUGGUUUACUCCCGAUGAACUGAUUGACCAUGGUUAUGCUGUGGAUCGAAACUAUAUUUCCUAUAUGGUACCCACUCAAUUAUACCUCGAUGAAACGGUGGAGCACUUCUAUUCCAGAUGUGCAGAUUUCACACGUUAUAUCCUUAAAAAACAUGAACAUGAAGAUGUCUGUAAUAUCUUAAUAGUUGGUCAUGCUGGUAGUUUAGAUGUGUGUACACGCCAGUUACUAGGAAAAGCUCCACGUUCUGUGGGAGGAUUUCAUGAAAUUCUUCCGUACGUUCCAUGUUGUUCAAUGUGUUGCUGUGUUGAAGAUCCUCUCACCAAAAAAUGGAGAAUGAAGGAACCACCAGUUCCUCCUAUCACACAUGUAGCCAACAAAAAAUAUAACUGGAAAACACUAAUAUAAAAAUAAAUUUCAAAGGGAUGAAGUGAGUAGACAAGCCAUUGACAACACAACACUGAAUGACAUUCAAAUAAACAAGCGCAGAUGUAUAUCCAGGCACACAUGCAUGUGUGGAUGCACACACACACACUUAUAUGCAGUCAUAUUAUAUGCAUAUAUAUAUAUAUGUGUGUGUGUGUGUGUUGUACUAAUUUGCUGGAACUAUUACUCAUAUGUUUAAUACAAAAUUGGAUGUUUCGUUUUAAAUUUCCAUAACAAAAAUUUUCUCUUCCUGUUUUUUAUUUUCUUUGGGAUUUUCUUAAAUUAUAUUUUAUUUAUUUAUUCCAUUUUUCCAUUUCCCUCUAAACUUCUACUUUGUGUUGCAAAAUUGGUAAAAAAUUUUCAUUGAAGAACAUGUCUGGUAUUAUUCCAUAACUUCUUGCCAUAUUCAUGUAUUUGGUAGCUAAAACUGCUUCACCGUAAUUUUUACAAGAGAAAGGUUUCUCUUUGUUUUGUCAAAAUAUUCUAUCCAAUUUCUUCUCUUUUCUUAAAUUUGAUGCCAACCAAAUUGUUUUUGUUAUUUACCUUGCAAUUCCAUCCAAAGUGUUGAACCAGAAAAAGAUGAGAUCCCAAAUGUAGAAAUAUUGUUGAUUCCUUGUAAAUAAAAUGAUAACUUGUAUGCUUGUUAGAUAUUAUCUGCUCAAGGAGGGCUCACUGUCGACACAUCACAACCGUUUUUAGUUUUUAUGAUUUCAGUUCAAAACUUUGAACUUUAUCAAACACAAAAGAAGAAAAAAAAAAGAAAACCAUUUUAAUUAGCACUUGUUAACAAAGGCAAUCCAUUAUUUCUUUAUUAUGAAUUGUUUUCAACAGUUUUAAUUAACGAGUUUUAUUUAUCUGUGUUCUAGAAGAGCUGUUUUUGAUUUAAAGAAAAAUAAAAGAUUAUUUAUUUGAAUAUUUCAGUUUUAUUUUGACUUCAGUAACGUUGAAUCACCAAGCAUAAACAUUUUGUUAUUUUCCUCUUCAUUUUUCUUUUCUCUGUUUGACUAAUUGACAAAUAUAUCUAUUUAAUCCUAACCCUGAAUAAUUAUCUUAAUUAAAAAAUAUUCUAUUAUCUGAACAGUCUGAAAAGUAGAAAUAUAUUACAAGUUUUUGUUUGUUUUACUCUCUAAUUGCAAAAUAUUCUCUUGCAUGUCUCAUAUUCUUGAUUCCCCCACACACAAACACUUAUCGCGGUGCUAUUACAUCAUAACAGAGAAAUGAAAUCAUGAUAACUGCUUUCAAACAUGUUUCUUUCAAUAUCAACUUAGAGACAUUACUUUAAGUUUUUUCUUUGGUUCUAUUACAUUAACACACACACACACACACACACACACGCACACGUUCUUAUGUCAAGUUAUAUAAGAAAAACAAGGUAACAUGAAAUGGAAGGAUUACCCAGUAUUUUUUAGUAGAGAACACAUUCAGUAAACUUUUAAAGGAAAAUUGCUGACAGUAACUUCAAAGUUUCAGUUUGCUUGCUUUCAUCAGACUCUUAUGAAGGCAAGCUAGUUGAAACUUUGAAGUCACUGUCAACCGUUUCUUUGUAAAAGUUAACACACACACACACACACAUAUGUAUAUAAGCAAACAAAAUGGGAGAGUUAGGAAACAAGAAGAGUUUUAAUAAUUCCGUAGAGGUUACAGCUGUUUCAUAAUCCACUCAGAAUUAUAUCAUCAAUUUCAAUGUAGAGAUAUAUAUAAACACACAUGGAAUAUAUAUAUAUAUAUAUAUAUUAUACACAAACAGACAAUGCAUCCAUAUGCAUAUAAUGAUAUGGUGAUGAUGUAGAGAAGAAAGAAGACUACAGCCACAGACCAUAUGAGGAAGAAUGCCUCAAAGACUCUGCAGAUAUUAGUAUAAUAGUGAUUCAUGAUGUGGAAUGGAUAGAAUAAUAGAGAAAUUAAUAAGGCAGAUGGUAAUUAAUCAAAAAACAAGACAAAACAACAAAGUCCGUGAAAAAUGGAGAUUUGCACAUAGCAAAUCAUUUACCUGACAAGGACACCUCCAAAAUCAAAUACAUCCACACACUCUCUCUCGCUCCUUUUCUCUCUCUACUUCUCUCUCCCUUUCACUUUCUAUCUCCUCUCUCUCUCUACUUCACUGUCUGUCUUCUCCCUACUUCUCUCUCUCUCUCUCUCUCCCUAAAUGGACAGUGGAGAGAUGAUGCUGUUCUCAUUUCAAAUGUCCCUGAUGAUGGAACCAUUUAAAUCUAAAACAUAUUCCACCAAAAAAAAAA